AUGGCCACACCGUCAUCGACCAGCGAUCGUUCGCCAGGAGGAAGCUCUGAUACUAUACUACCGUAUCGCAUGCACGUCUCGCAGCGAUAUCUCGACCUCACCAGGCAAAUGCUGGAGCUCACGAGGCUUCCGCGAGAUGUUUCCUCUCGUCACCUCCAAGGCAACAAAGGCGUCACGGAAUCACAGCUCGAGCCGUUGGUCGAUCAUUGGACAGAAGAUUACAACUGGCGAGAGCAGGAGGCAUAUUACAACGAUGCAUUGCCUCAAUUUCGACUUGCCAUACACGGCACACGAGUACAUUUUGUGCACAAACGAUCAAUGUCCCCAACCGCGAUUCCGCUCCUUGUUAUACAUGGCUGGCCAGAGAGCUUCAUCACGGUAUCCCACAUGAUCGACGGGCUAUGUAAUCCUGUUGCAACGCCGCCGAGAGGUGAUGAGAAUGUCCCGUCCUUCAAUGUUGUGGUUCCAAGCAUACCAGGAUUUGGAUUUAGCGAUCAGGUAUCAGAGGAAGGCAACAAUAUUGCGACUACAGCAGAGGCUUUUGAUGCCCUGAUGAAGUCACUGGGAUAUGCACGCUUUAUCGCGCAUGGCUCAGGAUGGGGCUUCAAAAUCUCCCGCAUGAUCGCACUGACUCAUCCCGAAAGCUGCAUAGCAAUCCAUACUGCAAUUCCAGCGGUCCCUCCACCGAGAAUCCAUGGGUCCUUCUGGCCCGUCGUGCCUCAAGUUCCCGGAAUGACCCCACCGCUAUCACCAGGUUCCCAACAGCAGCAGCAACGCGAACGACCACAAACGAUUUCCUUUGCACUUUGUGACUCUCCCUCAGGGCUGCUCGCCUAUGUCGUCGAUGCUAUCCAGCCUCCAGCACCACCACCAGGCACGCAAUCCCAUCCAAGUACACCUGGCUCACCACGCUUAGCCGAUCUCAACCCUUGGACAGAGACCACUUUAAUAAAUUGGGCCAUGAUGUACUGGCUGCCAGGACCAGAGGUUGCAUUGAGAUGGCUGGUCAUCAGCGCCCCAAUGUUGCCAAAUCUUUGGACGGUACGCGGCAACGUGCCACUGGCGAUAUCACAAUUUGGCGAGCCAUUACAACCACAAACCGGGCCGAUGUGGAUUGAGGCAUAUCACCGCAUUGCAAUGGUGCGAAGACGACCGGGACAGUCGAGAUUUCCUGCUUGGGAAAGACCUAUGGAUAUUGUGAUGGAUCUUCGAGAGCUUGCUAUGCUCAUUGGUCCUUCGUACUUUGGCAUGAUCAUGUGA